AUGGCCAACAGCGAGCUCGUUGUAAACACACGGAAUGGACCAGUUCAGGGAACAACAAGAACGUCCCUGUACGGCACGGAUUACGUUAGUUUUCAGGGAAUACCGUACGCCAAGCCGCCCGUCGGUGAGCUGCGAUUCAAGGAUCCUUCUCCACCAGAGAACUGGACCAAUUUGCUGGAUUGCACGACGCAAUGCGAACCAUGCUACCAUUUCGAUCGACGUGUUAAUAAAAUCGUUGGAUCCGAGGACAGUUUGAAGCUGAAUAUCUUCGCAAGAACGAUUAAACCAGCCAAACCGCUACCAGUGAUGGUGUACAUCUACGGCGGCGGUUUCGUAGAAGGAACAAGCGGAACCGAGCUGUACGGUCCAGAUUAUCUGAUCGAAAAGGAUAUCAUGCUGGUGUCGUUUAACUAUCGCGUCGGAGCACUCGGUUUCCUCUGCUGUCAGUCGCCCGAAGCCGGCGUACCCGGGAAUGCGGGUCUGAAAGAUCAACGGAUGGCACUGAAGUGGGUGAAGGAAAAUAUUGCUUCCUUCGGUGGCAAUCCGAACGCCGUUACGCUGUUUGGGCACAGUGCCGGGGGAGCGUCCGUACAGUAUCACACCAUAUCGGACGUAUCGAAGAAUCUAUUCCAACGGGCCAUCAUCAUGUCCGGGAGUACGAUGUGUGACUGGGCCGUUUCGCCGCAGCGCUCUUGGCCGGUGAAGUUGGCAAAGCGGAUCGGAUGGCAGGGUGCUGAAGAAGAUGGCGAGGAUGCAGCGUUGCAAUUCUUGCGACAAGCCUCGCCGGAGGAUAUCGUUGAUAACCAAGAGAAACUGUUCGGACCGCAGGAGAUACAAGAAGGUCUUCUCACUCCAUUUGCACCAACGAUCGAGCCGUAUGAAACGGAAGUUUGUUUUAUCCCAAAGAGUCCAUUGGAAAUGUCCCGCACUUGUUGGGGUAAUGAAAUCGAUGUAAUGAUUGGAGGUACCUCGGAGGAAGGUUUGAUUCUUCUGCCGAAAGUAAAACCGAGACUUGCUGAAAUGCUUAAGGAUCCCCGGCUGUUCGCUGGUAACGUUCCUUUUAAUUUGAAAUUAUCUCUCGAGCAACGUGUGGCCUUCGGAGAGCAGCUCAAGCAAUUAUACUACCCAGAUUCCGAGCCCGCCGAAGACCAUCUGAACGGGUUCAUACUAAUGGCCUCGGAUCGCAUCUUUUGGCAUGGCUUGCAUCGCACUGUCCUUUCUCGCGCCAGUUAUACCAGUCAAGCCAAAACGUUCGUCUAUCGGGUCUCUGUCGAUUCGGCCUUCUUUAACCACUACCGCAUUCAUAUGAUCGAUCCCAACAUGCGGGGCACAUCGCACGCGGAUGAGCUGUCGUACAUUUUUUCCAACAUUUUUGCCCAACCGCUUGACAAAGACACUUUCGAGUACGCGGCCAUUCAGCAUAUGGUAAAUAUAUUUACCAGCUUCGCGAUCAACAGCGAUCCCAACUAUGCCGGAACUGAGGGGUUAUCUUGGGAAGCCGUCCCAAAAACGGCACCCCCGUAUAAUUGUUUAAACGUUUCCAACAAUGGAGUGGCGGUUGUUAAGCUUCCCGAAACAAAACGAAUGAAAGUGUGGGAUUCAUUCUACGUGAAUGAUUCGCUUUUGUAGAUCGUGAAUUAUUCCCCAGUCUGUUUCUACUAAAUAAAUUCAAAUAAAUAUCUGUUUU